ACGAUCUUAUACUGCAUUCUCUUGUUGCGCCCACCUCAUACCGGCAACCAUGGCCGCAACACUUGACACCGGCAACUUGGAGAAGAAAGUAGAUCCGAUCCUCGACGCGCCUGCGUAUGAGAGGGACGAGCUUGUGGAUGGCGACAGCUCCGUCGAUGUUAUCAACGUCCUGCUCAGCGAGGGUAUAACAGCACUAGCUUGGUCCUCCGUCAUGCACAGCGCUUAGGCUGACACGCGAUCGUCACAGACUCCAAGCAUGAAAUCCAACUGCGCACCAUGUCAUGGCAGAAAGCCGCCUGGCUACUGUGCGGAGACCAGGUCUGCCUCGCCAUCAUGGCUCAGACAUGGUCGUUAUCCGUCCUUGGAUGGGUUCCCGGCAUCAUUACCAUGGUCGUUGCCGGCAUCAUCUUCUGGAUCACCAGCAUGACAAUGCACCGCUACAUCAUGAAGUACCCGCAGAUCCGCGACAUCUGCGACUUCGGCUAUUACAUCUUUGGCAAGAGCAAGAUUGCGUACGAGUUUACGGGCUUCAUGCUGCUAGCGAACAAUAUCAUGCUUAUCGGUUUCCACGUUCUGACGGGCGCCCGCAUUCUGAACACGCUUUCCGACCACUCUCAAUGCACGGUCGUCUUCAAUAUCAUCAUCAUGAUCAUGGGCAUAGUAUGCUCCGUUCCGCGGACGCUCAAGCACGUCAGCUUCAUGAGCAUCUUCUCGGCCUUCUUCAUGGGUCUGAGCAUCCUGCUGUUCAUGAUCUUCGCCGGCAUCGAACCCGCACCAGGCUACGGCUACAAUGGUGACUACCCAACCGAUGGCCCCGUGCGGACUUACGCUUUCCCUCUUCCCGGCACCACCUUUGUUGCCUGCAUGAAUGCGGUCCUCAACAUCACCUUCCUCUGGGUUCCUCAAAUCCUCUUCCCAACCUUCAUUUCCGAGAUGUCCAACCCAGCCGACUUCCCCAAAUCGCUCGCGGUUCUCACCGGCGUCUCCGCCUUCCUCUUCAUCGUCCCACCCGCAGUCGGCUUCCGCUACUUGGGCCAAUACUCGACUGCACCCGCCUUCGGCUCCCUUGGCGUUACGACCUACAAGAAGGCCUCGUUCGCCUUUGUCAUUAUCCCCACCCUCGUGAUCGGCGUUAUCUACGCCAACGUCAGUGCCAAAUUCAUCUACCACCGCAUCAUGGGCCGCUCCCGGCACGCGCACAGUAAUACGGUUAUCGGCUGGAGCGCGUGGAUCGGAGUAAUGAUCGGCAUCUGGAUCAUCGCAUGGAUCUUCGCCGAAGUCAUUCCAUCCAUGGGCGACUUUCUCUCCCUGCUCUCGGCUGCAUUCGACAGCUUUUUCGGCUUUAUCUAUUUCUCGAUUGCAGAAUUCAGUAUGCACCAAGGCAACCUUUUUGGCGGGCCCUGGAGGAGUUUCAUGUCCAUCCUGUACAUCUUCAUCAUGGCCUGUGGGCUUUUCAUGCUGGGGCCUGGAUUCUACGCGGCGGUGGAGGCAAUCAUUGCGGACUACUCUGGCGCGACUAGACCAGCGUUCAGCUGUGCUAACCUUGCCAUUUAGAUGGAGCGUGUGCCUUUUGCGGCGAUGGAACACACUGCGUGAUGUAUGAGAUAGAACGAUACGUUUAUGUUACGGACACUACAGAAGCGGGAAUCUGUUGAAAGAAAGCCUUAGAAAGCCUACAUUGUUCCUGAUAACCUGGCGAGCUGCAGUAGCACUGCGAUUGCAGCCUUUCCCAUCUGUGCAUUCUAAGCGCACCCUUGUCUUGGAUCGCAGUAUGAUAAUGCU